GUAUGGUUGCCACACUAUCCACUUGUAUAAAAGAUGUUUCUUUCAUGCUCUUACAACUGCUGGAGGAAGAGUUCAACUCUCUGAUAAAUAAGAAGGAUCAAAUGAAUAUUGAAACAAAAAUACGUAAUAUUCGCUUUAUUGGGGAGCUCUGCAAAUUCAAAAUUGCUUCACCUGGAUUAGUGUUCGGCUGUUUGAAGACUUGUUUGGAUGAUUUUUCGCAUCAUAACAUAGAUGUUGCAUGUAAUCUCCUUGAGACCUGCAGACAAUUUCUCUAUCGAUCUCCUGAAACUUCUGUGCGAAUGGCCAAUAUGUUGGAAAUUUUGAUGCGGUUGAAAAAUGUCAAGAAUCUGGAUCCUCAUCACAGCACUCUUUUAAAAAAUGUUUAUUAUCUCUGCAAACCACCUGAACGAUCAGCAAGGGUUUCUAAAGUCCGCCCUCCUUUACAUCAGGUAUGCAUAUCGUUUGCAAAAAUUCUUUUACAAGUGACUAGGCCUCGGAUUGCUUUGCUAGGGAAUAUCCCUAGAACUACGGUAUACAGAAAUAUAUUGCAGUAUCCAGAUGCAUCUAGGAUUCCGGGGCUAUUCCGGGAUCUAUUUUUCAAAUGAUAACUAUAUCCGAGAGAGCUGUUACCGACCUAGAUACUAGUGGAGUUCACGGGUUGGAAGCGUUGCAUCAGUCUCUGCAUGAAAAGGAAAUCAAA